AGCGGGUUUUGCCGCCCCCAGUAUCGCGUCGCGUCGCGUCAAAUCAGCCGCUUUCUGCGCCGCCUACGGAAGUUUUACAGACUAUUUCUGCGUGUUUCAGUGGAUUGGAGAAACACUCAACCACCGGAGCGAUACAGCGAGGCUCUGCCGCAGACGCGCGUUAGAGGUGUUAUUCCAGCGAUGAUUCCCUGAGCUCGUCCCAUGGAGAACAAGUCCUGCAAUGUAUUCCUGCAGCCCGGCGCUCCGAUCAUGUCCUUCAUCCCGCCGGAGAGUUCCCAGUCCGUGUCCGAUUGGCUGAGUGGCCUCCGGCUCGACCAGUACCGUCCGGCCUUCCAGGAGGCGGGGCUGGGAACGCUGUGGGAGUGUCAGGAUCUAAGCUCCGCCCAGUUGCAGCGAAUGGGCGUGGCUCUGCCCGGCCACAGGAAGCGUAUCCUCGGCAGCCUGCACAAGCUCCUCCCCUCAGCGGCGGGAGCGGAGGAGGACGAGGAGCAAGAGGAGGACAGACCCGUCGCCCGAGAGAGGACCAAAUUCAGAGCGUCGGACAAAAACCAGCGAACGGAAAACAGCGUCGCAGGUAGACGCCCGCCUCCCGUCCCGCCUCGAGUCACGCCCAAUCGACCUCCCGUUCCCUUCACGCCCCGUCCUGAGCCUAGCAGCAUCCCUGAACAAAAUGAAACGCCCACACCUUACGAACGAACCAAGCCCAUCCCAACUCCCAGGCCACGCCCAGAACACCUGCCUCUUAAAGGGCCGGCGCAGCAACUCCAGAAGAGCGAGAGGAAACCGUCUCCUGUGUCUCCCUCUUCCUCCUCCUCCUCCUCUUCAUCAGAGCGCUUCCACCUGUACGAACAGUGUUUAUCUCCUGCUCAGGGAGAAAUGGGUGCUCCUCCUCUUCCUCCUAAGAGCUACGCUGUGGGCGUGUCUAAAGAGCCCAUAGACGGCCCGUACAGACCCCCUGUUCCCCCUCCUCGUGUCUCCGCCUGCUCCAGGACUACAAAUCCCAGAAGCACGUCAUCCAGAAGCCCGCCCACAUCCAGCGCUCCUGUAGAUGAUCCGUCAGACACAGAUCCAGUCCCAGACGUCCCGCCUCGGAUCAUCAGACCUCCGAACCAGAGCCGAAGGAGAGACGUGCCACCGCCGCCCAACAGAAACCAGUUGGAUUCGGAUGAAAGUUCAGAUGAAUAUGACGAGCGAGAGCCCAGCAGAGACGCUAAACUCAUAGACAUGGCCAGCAAGAUGUCCCUGAUGGUUCCCAAGGCGCCGAAACCUCGUUACAGCAGCCUGUGCAGCGACGACGAGCUUCUAGACGAUGACACCAGCUGUGACGAGUCUGAAUCCCUGCAACGGAGUUCAUGGAUUGGAGAUUUGGCUUCGAUCUCUGGUUCUAUGACCAGCAUCUACCUGCCAAUCACAAGCCACGACAAUGCUCCGCCCCCUCGGGAAGACCCCGCCCCUACCAGCGUCCCCGUGAUUAAAAUGGGCUGGCUGUACAAGAAUCCUCCUCAGGGGUCUCUGAUCUACCAGCACCGCUGGGUCAAACUGGAUGCUGAAUACCUGAGAUACUUCGACACUGAGAAGGACGUCUACUCGAAGAGGAUCAUACCUACACUGUCCAUCACUGGUGUGGUCAACGUGGGAGAGCAGAAGUUUGAAGUAGUGACGCACAAUCGCACUUUCCUGUUCCGAGCCGAGAACGACUCGGAGCGGAGCGAGUGGGUCACGGUGUUGAAGAGCUGUGUCCGAACCACCAGUCUGGACGUGACCUUUAACCCCUGCGUGAGCUACGAGAUGAGGGGUUACCUGGAGCUGCGCGGCCUGCGCUCCAAACUCUACACGGUGGUGUGUGCGGAUAAAGUCUUCCUCUACAAAAACAUAGAGGAAUAUCGUAUGGGGAUCGGCAUCACCUCGAUUGAUAUGAAUGUUGGGAAUGUGAAGGAAGUGGACCGGAGAGCGUUUGAUCUGACCACACCGUACCGGAUAUUCAAUUUCGUCGCAGAUACGGAUCAGCUGAAGGAUCAGUGGGUGGAGGCCAUGCGCAACUCCAUCGCAGAGGCAUUGUCCAAUUACGAAGUGGCUGAGCGGAUCUGGGCGGAGCCGUCCAAUCAGAUGUGUGCUGACUGCAGCGCUGCCAAACCUGAGUGGGCCGCCAUCAACCUGGCCGUGGUUUUCUGCAAACGAUGUGCAGGAGAGCAUCGUGGUCUCGGUCCGAGCGUAUCUAAAGUACGCAGUCUCAAAAUGGACAAGAAGGUCUGGACUGAAGAUCUCAUCCAGCUGUUCCUCGCUGUAGGAAACGAACGAGCCAAUCAGUUUUGGGCGGCGAACGUCCCGCCCAGCGAGGCCUUGACCCUGAACAGCAGCAGCGAGGAGCGACGUCGCUUCAUCACCGCAAAAUACCGUGAGGGCAAAUACCGCCGAUAUCACCCGCUGUUCGGAAACCAGAGAGAGCUCAAUAACGCGCUGUGCAUUAACGUCCAGUCGAGUGAUGUGUGUGAGACGCUGGCGCUGGUGUUCUGCGGCGCUGAUGUGAGCUGUGACACCGGUGACCCCGAGCUGACCUCCCCGAUCGCUCUGGCACAACACCACGGACAGAACCUGCAGCUGGAGUUCCUCACGCAGAACCGCAACACAGAACUCCCGAGGUCAGAGGUGAAGGUCGCCAUAGACCGGGUGCACUACAUGGCCCCGCCCUCCGUCACGCAUAAUGGGUUUCUAUUUAAGACCGCCUCCAUGGCUCGACCAAUCACAGAGAAGAAGGGAAAAGAAGAGUUCAGUCGGCGCUGGUGUGUGCUGAAUGAUGGGAAUUUUAGCUACUAUGAAAGUGACAAAAACGCUACGCCGAACGGAGGACUGAAGAUGAAGGAGAUCGUGUGUCUGGCUGUCAGCCCCCCUGAGACUCAUGGGUACGAUCACACGUUUGAGCUGUACUCGGACGCCGAGCGCUUGUAUCUGUUCGGCACUGAUAAUCCUGAGACUAUGCGCGAGUGGGUCAAAUCCAUCGCAAAGUCGUUCAUUCCUGCGGCCGCAGAGGAUCUGUUACUGAAGGACUUCGAGCGCAUCGGCCGGCUGCGUUAUAAAGACCGACUGAACCGGGAGAUGUCCAGACUGGGCUGGUUCUGUCUGGUGGGGUCAAGCCUCCACAUCCGGCUGGAGGAGCACACCGCAGACGAGACCAUCGACCUGCAGAAGCUCCUGGAGCUCUCGAUCCAGCCGGAGAACGAGGUUCUGGUUCUGGUGGAGCGAGGCAGGACGCUGUACAUCGAGGGCGAGAGGAAGCUGGACUUCCAGGGCUGGGCGGCUGCCAUCCAGAGGGCUGCUGGGAGUUCUGGAGACACACUGAGUCAGCAGCAGCUGACGGAGGCCGAUAUUCCCGUGAUCGUGGAGCGCUGCAUUCACUUCACCACACAAUACGGUCUGACCUCGGAGGGAAUCUACCGUAAGAGUGGCGUGAACAGUAAGAUCGCCGCCCUGCUGGAGGAGUUCAGACGCGACGCCCGGUGUGUUUGGCUGAAGGAAGGGGAACAUCAGGUGGAUGACGUCUCUAAUGUCCUCAAGCGCUUCUUCAGAGACAUCGAGGAGGGGUUGUUUGGGCAGCAGGCGCACAGCUGGCUCAGCGCUACAGUGUUUUCAGACGAGAGCAGUCGGAUCUGUCAGUAUCGUCUUCUGUUCAGUAAUCUUCCCCGAGUCAACCAGGCCACACUACGAGCGCUAGUUAAUCAUUUAUACUGCGUCCAGCGGUUUGCGGAUCUCAAUCAGAUGAAUCUUCACAAUCUGGCCAUCGUGUUCGGCCCGACUCUCUUCCAGGCGGACGGGAAGGACAACAGCGCCGGACGGGUCAUCGAGGAUCUCAUCCAACACUACGUCACUAUAUUCGAUGUGAACGAGCAGCAGCUGAAGAAGCAGUUAGAUGAGAUCACAUACAUCAUAAAGCUCAGAGACAACCUCGCUCCUAAAACAGGAACGGGCAGUGGUGAUUUCAUCUGUACAGUUUAUCUGGAGGAGAAGAAGGAGACCGCCGAACAGCAUGUGAAGAUUCCCGCCACGAUGACGGCCGCAGAACUGACCUUCGAGAUCCUGGACAGACGGAAAAUCAGCGUAAAGGAGAAGGACUACUGGUGCUGCUUCGAGGUGAACGAGAAAGAGGAGAUGGAGCGGCCGCUGCACUAUCAGGAGAAAGUGCUGCCCAUCUUUCAUUCCCUGGGCACUGACAGUCACCUGCUGGUCAAGAAGCACUUCUCCAUGGAGGCCAUGCUGGUGUAUCUGGCCAGUAAAGUGGAGGUGUCCAAACACGGUAUGAUGAAGUUCAGAGAGGAGAGGAGUCUGCUGGGGUUGAGCACGGGGAGCUUCAAUGACCGAUACUUCAUCCUGAACAGCACCUCGCUCAGACUCUAUAAAGAAGUCCGGAGUAAUCGUCCUGAGAGAGAGUGGCCCGUCAAGUGUCUGAAAGUCUAUCAAGGCAUUAAAAAGAAGCUCCGUCCACCGACAUGUUGGGUUCUCACAGUCAUCUAUGAAAGUGAGAAACAGGAAAAGCAGGAGAGACAGCAGUGGUAUCUCUGCUGUGACACACAGAAUGAAAUGAGGGAAUGGUUCGCUACCUUCAUGAGCAUACAGUGCGGAGGUCGUGUUUGGCCGGCGGAGUGGUUGAAGUCUCGUGUGGCGAGUCACUCUGCGCCGCAGGACGCUCGCUUGGGUAACGUGUCUCUGAUUCCUCUGCGGGGCAGUGAGAACGAGAUGAGGAAAAGUGUCGCCGCUUUCACAGCUGAUCCACUCGCCGUGAGUCUAAUCAACCAAUCACAGCCCGGCUCGGCCAAUCACACAGCCAAUCACACGGCUCUCUGCUCCCAGACCCAGUGAGCUCCUCCUAGAGUUUAAUGUUGAAUUCUAAGAGAGAGUUAAAACUGUGUGUUUGUUUCAUAUAUAUGUGACCCUGGAGCACAAAAGCAGUCUUAAGUUAAAAGGCUGUAUUUGUAGCAAUAGCCAACAAUACACUGUAUGGGCCAAAAUUAUACAUUUCUCUUUUAUGACAAAAAUCAUUAGGAUAUUAAGUAAAGAUCAUGUUCCAUGAAGAUAUUUAGUAAGUCUCUUAUCGUAAAUAUAUCAAAACUUAAUGUUUGAUUAAUAAUAUGCAUUGCUAAGAACUUCAUUUGAAUAGCUUUAAAGACGAUUUUCUCAAUAUUUAGAUUUUUUUUGCUCCCUCAGAUUCCAGAUUUUCAAAUAGAUGUAUCUCAGACAAAUAAUGUCCUCCGAACAAACCACACAUCACUGGAGAGAUCAUUUAUUGACCCUUAUGACUGGUUUUGUGGUCCAGGGUUCCCUUUUUUCUGUAUGACUUUAACCAUGGAACAUUUAGUAAUAAACACAGUAAUAUUCCAAAAUAACUAGUAACAUUUAAUGCAAUCCCAGCAUGCAUUGCAUUCAGCUCAAUAAGUCAAAGUGCAAAAAUAAUUCAGAUGAACCAUUUAGAAGAUUUCAGAUCUGUUAUUUUAAGGUUCUGUUCCUCAGUAGGUUGCUGCUUAUGUAGACAGCGAAGGGCUCAGUAGGUUUUGGAACGGAGCUGAAGACAAACAUUUAUAUAAAACAUAAUUCAUCUGCAUACAAGAGUAUUGAUGAUGCUGUGUGAUUACCCAUGAGCCCCCUUUUCUGAUUUACUGAGAUUAUUCAUGUUCGGCUCACAGUGUGUGAUGAAUCACGUGAAUCAGGAAAGAAUCAGGGGUCAAUCACGUGAAUCAGGAGUGAGUCACAUUAAUCAGGAGUGAAUCAGGAGUGAGUCACGUGAAUUAGGAAUGAAUCAGGUGAAUCAGGAGUGAAUCAAGUUAAUCAGGAGUGAAUCGUGAGUGAGUCACGUAAAUCAGGAGUGAGUCACAAUAAUCAGGAUUGAGUCAGGUUAAUCAGGAGUGAAUCAGGAGUGAGUUACAUGAUUUAGGAGUGAAUCAGGAGUGAGUCAAGUUAAUCAGGAGUGAGUCACGUAAAUCAGGAGUGAGUCACGUAAAUCAGGCGUGAGUCAUACCAAUCAGGAGUGAGUCACGUUACUCAGAAUUGAAUCAGGAGUGAGUCAUGUUAAUCAGGAGUGAAUCAGGAGUGAGUCACAUUAAUUAGGAGUGAGUCAUGUGAAUCAGGUGAAUCAGGAUUGAGACACAUGAAUCAGAAGUGAAUCAGGAGUGAGUCAAGUUAAUCAGGAGUGGAUCAGGACUGAGUCACUUUAAUCAGGAGUGAGUCACACAAAUCAGGAGUGAAUCACAAGUGAGUCAAGUUAAUCAGGAGUGAAUCAGGAGUGAGUCACUUUAAUCAGGAGUGAGUCACAUGAAUCAGGAGUGAAUCGCGAGUGAGUCAUGUUAAUCAGGAGUGAAUCAGGAGUGAGUCAUGUUCAUCAGGAGUGAGUCACGUGAAUCAGGAGUGAAUCAAGAGUGAAUCAGGAUUGAAUUGCAUGAAUCAGGAGUGAAUCACGUGAAUCAGGAGUGAAUCCUGUGAGCCGCACAUGAAGCAUACUGUACUACUGCUUUAUUUCUGGAGGAAGUGGAGGUGUUUGUGUUUGUUUCACUUGGUCUGUCUUCACACAUACAGCGGACAUCUGAUUAACAAUACAGUUCAGAAGAAAUAAAUCAUGUGUAAACAAAUGAAAAAUAACCGGAGUUGUGUCUGUGAGGAGCAGGUGUUGGGUUAUUGCUCAUAUCAUUAACUUAAUGAGCGAUUUCCUCUAACCUUCUUACCCAUAAUUCUGCAGGACUGUCCCCUGUAUACAUUAUAUCAGUGACAGUGUGUAUUUAUGACAUCAUGAAAGUGAGGAAUAAUUCUAAUGUUUUCUGUUACGUCGUUCUGUAAAAGAAGAUUAAACAUUGUUCGAUUAAAUGCUGUUAUAUGUGUAUUUAAAGAAAAUUGUAUGCGGACAUGUAUAUUAAAUAUUUGUAAAAUU